UGCUGGAAGUAUUCUGGGAAACUAACAGAAAUGACCAACGUCUUCCAUCACGUUCGGAAUUUUAUAGAGCAACAACCUGCACCUGCUAAAACAUUAGAGAAAUCAUCAUCUCCAAACAUUUUAUACACAGCUCUUCCGAAGCAUUGGAGAUCAAAUAAAUCAUUUCAAGAACCAUUUUAUGUUGUAUUACUAACGCCUGUUCCAGAUAAUACAGAAGUAUCAAUUUGGGCUGGAAAUGACGAAAAACCAUGCGAAGAAGUUCGAAAUGAGAAAGCAAAAGUGCAUCGACAAGUGGCAAAAUUUAACGAUUUGCGGUUUGUCGGGCGGUCCGGCAGAGGCCGAAAAUUCCAUUUGACAAUCGUUAUACAUUCGGCGCCGAUGAUGGUGGCCACCGUCAAAAAUGUGAUCAAGGUUACGGUUGAUGGACCAAGGGAUGCGAGAAUACCAAAACCACAAGGAUCUUUGAAACGGCAGGCAGAACAGCAGACAAUAUUCCCAAAUGAUAUUAUCCGAACGCCUGGACCACCGAUGCCAAUGACAAUGAUUCCACCACCAUGGUUUCCUUUACCAAUGACUCAAACUUUCCCCCCAUCAUUUUUUCCGCUUAUCUCUCCAGGACCACAUCCUUCUAUCUCAGCUGCACUUUGGAAAAUUCACAGCGAAUCGAUGAAAACUCCGAUUAAACAAAAAGUUGAACAGGAAAAUGUAUCCCUUAAUACGUCUACAUGCCUAUCAUCUCCAUCAAUUUUUAUAACUCCAACUUCUGAUGAUCGGAAGUUAAAACGACCAUCUUCUCCUCGUUCAAUCACAAAAUCAUCAGAAACUUCAAUUAAUUUAAUUCAAGAAACUCCGGAAUCUGUAGAAUCAAAAAGACGAAGAAAUGUAUCAAUAACUUCAUCGAAUAGUUCUUCUCCGACUAUUUGGAGGCCUUUUUAAUCUUAAAAAUAUUCAUUAUUUUACCACAACACACCAAAUUUCUCUCAAUUUCCAAAUCUCAAUUGUUUCCUACCUCUUCAGUCACUUUUCUCAAUAUUCUCGUUUUAAAACACGUUCAACGGGUUCAUUUAACGGUUUUCAACCUUUUUUGUAUAAUAAUACAAGUUUUGAUCUAAAUCGGAAUAGAUUAUCAUCAUAUCUAAUAAAGUUUCAGGUUUGAA